GCAGACCUCCAUCCUCCUCGUUAUCCCUCUCUCUCCUUCUCUUUUUUCUCCUCCUUUGCCUCUCAUCCUCUCACCACCACCCUUGCUCUAUCUUCUCUCUCCCUCCUCCUCUCCCUCCGACAGACAGGCAGGGAUAGCAGCAGCAGCAGGCGGACUGGUAGGUGUGCUGAGGCCCUAUCUCCCUCCUGCAGCACAGGCAAGACAUUGCGUUCUCCUCUGAUCUCCGUCAAGGACUAUCUAUUUGAGAAGAGUGUGUGUGUGUGCGUGUGUGUGAGAGCAGGGAUCUGGAAAGUAGGCAGAGAGGACUACCACACCUUGGGAGCAUUUACUACCACUGCCGGAGCUACACAGGGUGAAUGUUGCAAUGGAUUUUUUCACACUGAUAUCCUCUUCAUCUUGUACUUGUUUCUGCGUGCAUGCAGAAGGAUUUAUAUUCUCUGUUCCUUUGCUGAAGGUGUUUGUUGUUUUUCCUCCACUCCCACAGCUCUGGGAUUUGCUUCAGCGUUGACUAGGCCUUGUGCGACUGCACACGUGUGUCUUUGCUAAUGAGUGUGUUGAAUGUCUAACAAAGGUCACACCAUUUGGCAUGCUGUGUGCAUGUAUUGUCAGCCUGCCUAAUGACAGCCCUCUUUCUUUUCUCUCCAAAAUGAACUUCAUCACCAGCCUUUCCAUCCCCUUCUCCCUGCCUCGGGUCUUCUACCUCGCCACUUUUCUAUCCUCCUGCAUCUCUUUUUUCCAUUCUCACUCAUUUCCCUCUUCCUCAAAACACUCUUUCUCCUCCCUCUUCACUCUCAUCUCUGUCCUCCUCACGCCUCUUCUCCCCUUCCGGCUGGCUGGUGUUCCCAGGAUGCCUUGUUCCACUCCGCUCCGCUAGGCCCUAGCAGCAUGGGCGGAGCCUGGGUGGAGAGAGAGAGCACGGAUUGGACCCUUCCCCUCAGGACGGGCGCGCUGGCGGGUCACCCUCCCUCAGCUUCAGAUGGGCGAGGACGCUGAGAGCCCGAAAAUCAACCACACCUUCCUGCGAGACUACGUCACUGAAGCUGAUGUCAUCUCUACGGUGGAGUUUAACCAGACGGGGGACCUGCUGGCCACGGGGGAUAAAGGUGGCAGAGUGGUCAUUUUCCAGAGAGAGACUGAGUCUAAAGGGGAGUUGGAGGAGGUGGGGGAGACGGGGGACUCCGGGGAGUACAAUGUCUACAGCACGUUCCAGAGCCACGAGCCAGACUUUGACUACCUGAAGAGUCUGGAGAUUGAAGAGAAAAUCAACAAGAUCAGAUGGCUGCCACAGCAGAAUGCAGCACACUUCCUCCUCUCCACCAACGAUAAGACCAUUAAACUGUGGAAGGUGAGUGAGAGAGACAAGAGACCAGAGGGAUACAACCUGAAAGAUGAGGAGGGACGAUUCAAGGACGUCUCUACCAUCACCUCUCUGCAGGUGCCGGUGCUGAAACCUACAGACUUGAUGGUAGAGGUUCGUCCCAGGCGAGUGUUCUCCAACGGACAUACCUACCAUGUUAACUCCAUCUCAGUCAACAGCGAUGGGGAGACCUACCUGUCUGCUGAUGACCUCCGCAUCAAUAUGUGGCACCUGGGCAUCACAGACCGCAGCUUCAAUAUUGUGGACAUCAAACCAGCCAACAUGGAGGAUCUGACAGAGGUGAUAACAGCAUCAGAGUUCCACCCUCACCACUGCCACUUGUUUGUGUACAGCAGCAGCAAGGGCACCCUCCGCCUCUGUGACAUGAGAGCCUCCGCACUCUGUGACAAACACACCAAACUGUUUGAAGAGCCUGAGGAUCCAGGGAGCCGGUCCUUCUUCUCAGAGAUCAUUUCCUCGGUGUCGGACGUCAAGUUCAGCCACAGUGGACGCUACCUGCUGACCAGAGACUACCUCACCGCCAAGGUGUGGGACCUGAACAUGGACAAGGGCCCUGUGGAGACGUACCAGGUACAUGAUUACCUCCGCAGCAAGUUGUGUUCCCUUUACGAAAACGACUGCAUCUUUGACAAGUUUGAGUGUGCCUGGAACGGCUCGGACAGCGUGAUCAUGACCGGAGCCUACAACAACUUCUUCCGCAUGUUCGACCGGAACACCAAACGCGACGUGACCCUGGAGGCGUCAAGAGAGAGCAGCAAACCCCGGGCUGUCCUGAAGCCACGAAGGGUCUGCGCCGCCGGAGGAAAGCGCCGGAAGGACGACAUCAGCGUGGACAGCCUGGACUUCACCAAGAAGAUCCUCCACACAGCCUGGCACCCGAAUGAGAACAUCAUCGCCAUCGCCGCCACCAACAACCUGUACAUCUUCCAGGAUCGUGUUAACCCUGAGACACAGUGACAGAGAUAAGGACAGACACAGUGUCCCAAAUAUAUUUGGAUGUCUUAGAGAAGGCAUGGGGAGUGGACAGCCUUUGUGAGGAAAUUAAGUCAAAGCCAAGCUGUUUUACAACAUCUGUUUGUGUUGAUAAAAGAUUGGAUUUAUGAUAAAAUGACAAGACUGUUAAUUAAUUUGAUCCCCAAGGAAGAUGUAUAAUCAUUUUUGUUUGACACUGACACAAACUGAUCUCCAGCACCCAUCAGGACAUGUUUUUGGUCCCACUACUCCCACUUUUUGAAGAUGUUUGUUUAACUGCUCCACUGUAGGGGCAGUAAAAGAGGUGCAGGGACACCUCUCCAUCUGCAAUGACUCAGUGCUGUUGAUCACACACGUUGCACUCUUCACUGAUGUGCUCUGGUACCUUUUGACACAAAAUGGAAGAUGUGCAUUGAGUAGCAACAGAGAAGGAAUGAUGCUAUGAAACAUUAGGUUCUUGAGAUGAUUAGAUUGCGAAUUGACUUUGCCAGUUAGUACAUAUAAAGCAUUUUUUCCACUAUUGUUGAACAUUAGGAAUGGUGUUAUUGUACAGUUCAUCACAACAACAUCCUAAGCCUUUUUUUCUCUCUAUUGGUUGACAACAGCAGCUGAACCUCUCCUUUAGAGCAGUGCUCUUGGAGAUUGCACGCAUAAAUGACCCAUAAUCUUUUAGCCCUAUUCACUUUGCAAUAACAGCACUAAGAAAAACACAGUGCAGCAGUAUUUCUGCUUAAAACAUAAGCUCUUCUUCUACAGGUAUACACUAUUUUUACUGUUAGCUGUAAAUAAUAUGUGUUUCUUUUUUUAGGCAGUAUCGAUUUUUGGUUCCAGAGAGCUAAAAGAUAAAAGAUGCAUUUUGUCUAGUACACUGCAGAUGAACCUGGGAUCUAAUGUAUAAAAAGGGUUCAGAAUCGCACUAUUCCAGUUAAAGACUUGAUGUGGGCGCUUUUAUUUUGCAUCAGUACAUAGAUAGGUAUUGCUGGCUGUAGAGAGGGAGGGGUGAGUUGUGCACAGACCAAGACUUGCUGUUUUGCUAUGUAUAUUAGGCCUGUAUUGGGUUUUGAUUGCUGUAUUCAGGCCAUUUCCAAAGUCUGCAUACCUACGUGGUAAAUUGCCGAAAAUGAGAGCCACAGUGUGUUAACGCUGAGCCCCCUCACAUAUGCUCAAAUUGAGGCUGAUUGGUGAUUUAAUCUAAUAUGAACAAAAGUUUAAUUUAGGUUAAGUGUUAUGCUAAUUUAAAAUGAGCACUGUUCAUUUUAUAAUGCAUGAGCACAAUUUGAAGAAAUAUCUUACAAUCAAGAAAAAGAUGGAAUCUAAGCACAUUGUUCAUAAACUAGGCCCCCUAAGAAAGCUAUGAGUAUGUUUGUGUCCAGUGUAUUUUAAGGUCAGAAGUAAUUGUCAGUGCAAUAGGUCAUAAUGAACAUUGCUGAAAUGUCUUUCAUUGAAACAAUAACGUCAUGUGAAUUUAUCAUAUCACAGGUCAUUAUGUCAUUAUACCAUAUACCUCACAGUGCCACAUACUACUACUGGGGUGCGACACUGAAAGCCCAGGAUACUGUAAGGAGCUGACUGAAUUGUGUGACUUGGUCAAGAUUUGAUUGUUUACAGUGCAGUGCUUUGUUUUCAAGUGACCUUGGCCCUGAUGGGAAUUACUGUAAGUGGUCUGGAUGUAUACUGUAGCAGGUGAAGUAAUGGAGUCAGUGCAGAGAGGUGGAAAGUAUCAGGUCCCUUUGCACUUUUUCAAGAUCUGACUUUGUGUAAACCUUACAUCCCAAGAAAAAAAGAAAACUGUUAUUAUAUAUGUUUCACUUGUCUGCUCUCUCCUCACUUUUUACCUCCUUUUGUUUUUUUUACAAUCACUGCUCACAGACAUUUAUGUUGCAGCCUGUGGACUACUAUUAUGUUUUGG